GAUAAGGUUUUAAAUCUGCGUUUGUACUCCGACCAGCACAGCAGCGCAGCGGGGAGCUACAUUUCACAGACGUAGAAUGGCGGCCGCAGUCAUGAGUUUCAAUCUAGUAGGAGCUUUCAAAGGACUGUCCUUAAAUUCCAGCUCCUCCUCGUCUUUCGUCAGAGGUGACUUCGCUCCGGUUCAUGUCGGCCAUAAGAUAUCGGUGUCGUUUCCGUUGAAAUCUCCGGUGCCGUUGACAAUUGAGUCGGCGCACAAGAAGGGGGCUGGAAGUACCAAGAACGGCCGAGACUCACCUGGCCAAAGGCUCGGUGUCAAAAUUUUUGGUGAUCAAGCCGCAAAGCCCGGCUCCAUUAUUGUUCGCCAGCGAGGCACCAAGUUCCAUCCAGGGAAGAAUGUUGGACUUGGCAAGGAUCACACAAUCUUUUCCUUGAUUGAUGGACUGGUCAAAUUUGAGAAGUUUGGUCCAGAUAGGAAAAAGGUUAGUGUGUAUCCGCAUAUAGCACAGCCAGAGAACCCCAACAGCUACAGGGCACGGAAGAGGGAGGCGUUUAGAUUACAACGCGAGCGUAGAAAGGCACGAAGGGAAGGAAACUUUGACGUUCCACCACAGUUGCUGGUGCUUGCUUCAGCAGAUGAAUCCUUGGACAACAAUCCAACAUGCUGACCUCAUCUACCAAAUUGUGUAGUUUUAUGCUUCUGUUUGUAAAUGAAAGCUACUGCAAAGCACGACACUAAGCAUCCGUUUUGUAUUCUGUUGAAUCCUUCCAUUUAAAUUACGCAAGAAUGUGGUUAUUUGGUUGUUACCUUAA